UGAACAACCAUCUGACUUUCAACAACUACUUCAUCAACCCACUCUCGUUUUCCUCCCUCUUCUGCUUUUCCUGUUUAUCGACCUGCUCAUAGAGACUUUUCAUUGGAACAAAAGAGAAAAAAGAAAAAAAAAGAGGGCAAAAAAAACUUGAUACUUUCAAAACUGUUUUACCUCCAUAUUAACACCAUCUCUUCGCUAUGGAUAUUCUUGAGUUGAUCGAUGAUCGUGAACAAACUGUUGCCGAGUCGAGUCCUCGUCCCUUCUGUUGCCCUGAGCAGAGCUGUAAUAAGAGCUUCAAUCGCAAAUCUGAUUUACAGCGCCAUCACCGGAUACAUACGAAUGAGAGACCGUACUCCUGCACCUUUCCUAAUUGUGGGAAAUCCUUUAUUCAGAGGAGUGCCUUGACCGUUCAUACCCGAACACAUACUGGCGAGAAGCCCCACUCGUGUGAAUAUAUUGGAUGUGGAAAAUGCUUCUCAGAUUCCUCUAGCUUAGCUCGACAUAGGCGCAUUCACACGGGGAAGCGGCCUUAUAGCUGCCCCAUUGACAAGUGCGGGAAAAGUUUCUGUAGGAAGACAACUUUGACAAAGCAUGCGAGAAAAAAUCACCAACUUCGGGCAGAAAAUGAUGUGUCGGAUGAUGAUGUAGAGGAGAGUGAUGAUGAUGAUCUCUCGCCUAAAGCAUCAGGCAAGGCUGGAUCGCGGGCUCAGUCGAAAAGGUUGACGAAAGCUUCAGCUAGGAGAGCAGCUCCUCCUUCAGCUCCUAGUCGCCCUAGCGUUCUGCGAACAAGCUCUUUUGCUGAGCCCCUAACUCCUCAUAGUCCUCAAUCCACUGUCAGGUCCGGACAUUCAAGUCGAAAUACGAGCUUUUCCGCAGCUUCAGAUUCAUAUCGUCACUCAAUGCCUAUGGCCAUGACGCACUCCGUGCAUCAACAUCAGCCGCCGACACCCCAAAGUCCCUAUUAUACGGAAGAGGAUGUUGGAGAUGGAAGAGAGAUCUCGCCGAACGCUAUAAUUCAUCGGGACGAUGAAUACGGCACAACACCCACCGGACCCCCCCCACCGCUCCAAGGGAAUCGUUCGUUUGACACCUUGAGCAUCGUGUGCUCCACUCCAACCACUCACCAACUUCUGGCAGCACAGCAGACUCUCCAAAGCAGCCCUGGAAGCUUGUCAUCGUGUUCCUCGGCAACCACCGCCAGCUGUGGUUCAGAUUAUUUUUACCGGGCACCCCAGCCGACCUCUUCGGGUCACUAUCAGAAUAUGGGUCAAGCAAUUUCGCCUGGGGGGAUCCCGCCGUAUCCCGCACAGAUGCCUGUGCAUACCGGACCUUCACAGCAUCCAAUCGUGAUGUACUCGCAGAAUGGCCAGCACCAGAGCAACGGAAUACUUUCCCCACAUUCGCAGGCUCAGGCGCAGCAACAGCAACAGCAACAGCCUGUUUGGUACGACUAUCCAGCGUACCAGCAGCAGAUUUUGGCAGCUCAAACGCAGCCUCCGCAGCAUAGAAUCUAUUAUACCGGAGUGCCGGUUCAGGACCCGAACUUUAUCAAAACCGAACAGGAACAGAACCUGCUUCCAACCCCCAGAGGCUCAUUCUGCUAG